GCUCUCAGCAUUACCAUUGCACACAGAGCAGUGGGGGACAGGCCGCCGGUCCGCCGGCUGAGCGCCGGGAGCGGUGCAGUGUGGGAUAGGCCGCCGGUCCGCCGGCUGAGCGCCGGGAGCGGUGCAGUGUGGGAUAGGCCGCCGGUCCGCCGGCUGAGCGCCGGGAGCGGUGCAGUGUGGGAUAGGCCGCCGGUCCGCCGGCUGAGCACCGGCCCACGGAUGAGCCCCGGCUGCCGGGUCGCGGUUGCGCCGGACAUGGAGCGCACGGAUGCCCCUGGCAACGGCCCCGGGUUGCUCCUGUGAACAGGCCGAAGGGGUCUGGCAUUAGGGACCGUUGUCCGGGACCACAGUGACAGCCGGAUCUGCAGCGGUGUUUGGGCAUCAUUGUGAACGCUGACAUACAGUUGCAGAGACAACACGUGAUGGCUGAGAAUGGAUGAUGACGACCCGACCAUCAAACCUCGUCGAAUUGAGAAUCAGAAUGUGGUUUACCGUCUGGAGCGGCGGAGAAUCCAUUCGGGCAGGCCAGGCGCUCACUGGUACAUGGUGCGAUGUCUGCACCAGAACGUAUUUCCCAACUUCACUGUUGUCAAUGUGGAAAAGCCACCAUGUUUCCUGCGCAAGUUUUCUCCUGAUGGACGCUACUUCAUUGCAUUUUCCCUGGACCAGACCUCGCUGGAGAUCUACGAGUAUCAGGGCUGCCAAGCAGCUGAGGAUCUCCUCCAGGGGCACGAUGGGGAGAUCAUGUUGAAUGGCACCAGUGACCUGCAGUCCGUCAAUAUCCGCGGCAAGCUGUUUGAGCGCUUCUUCGUUCUGCUGCACGUGACAAGUGUGGCAUCAAACGGAGAGCACCUGAACCGUGAGUGCAGUUUGUUCACUGAUGACUGCCGAUAUGUCAUCGUUGGGUCUGCUGCUUACCUUCCCGAUGAACCUCAUCCCCUCUUUUUCGAGGUUUAUCGAAACAAUGAGUCGGUUACGCCAAACCCUCGUUCUCCGUUAGAAGAUUAUUCUCUGCAUAUCAUUGACUUGCACACAGGGAGUCUCUGUGAUACGAGGUCCUUCAAGUGCGACAAGAUCAUUCUCUCACACAACCAAGGGCUCUACCUGUAUAAAAACAUCUUGGCUAUUCUCUCUGUACAGCAUCAGACUAUCCACGUGUUUCAGGUUACGCCUGAAGGAACCUUCAUUGAUGUUCGAACCAUUGGACGCUUCUGCUACGAAGAUGACCUCCUGACCAUCUCAGCUGUGUAUCCUGAGGUGCAGGGUGACGUGCAGACCGCCACCUCGCGUCCCUUUAAGGAGAAGACCCUGAACUCGUUGAAGCACCGGUUGCUGGUGUACCUGUGGCAAAGGGCAGAGCAUGACGGUAGUGCAGCAGCUAAGCGUCGUUUCUUUCAGUAUUUUGACCAGUUGCAGCAGCUGCGUAUGUGGAAGAUGCAGCUUCUGGACGAAAACCAUCUCCUGAUAAAGUACACGAGUGAGGACGUGGUGACACUCCGGGUCACAGAUCCUUCUCAGCCGUCAUUCUUUGUUGUUUACAACAUGGUUACCACUCGGGUUCUGGCUGUGUUUGAGAACACUUGUGACGAACUUUUACAACUGUUUGAAAAUUUCUGUGACCUCUAUCGAAAUGCCACACUGCACAGUGAGGCAGUCCAGUUUCCCUGCUCUGCAUCUAGUAAUAACUUUGCCAGACAAAUCCAGCGAAGGUUUAAAGACACUAUUGUGAACGCCAAAUAUGGGGGUCACACUGAAGCGGUGAGGCGACUUCUUGGGCAGCUACCCAUCAGCGCACAGUCCUACAGCAGCAGCCCGUACCUUGAUCUCUCACUCUUCAGCUAUGAUGACAAGUGGGUCUCAGUCAUGGAGAGGCCUAAGACUUGUGGGGAUCACCCUAUCAGAUUUUAUGCUCGGGACUCGGGUCUACUUAAGUUUAAAAUCCAAGCAGGGCUGCUGGGACGGCCAAUUAAUCACACGGUGCGCCGCCUGGUCGCUUUCACUUUUCAUCCUUUUGAACCGUUUGCCAUAUCGGUGCAAAGGACCAAUGCAGAGUAUGUGGUUAGUUUCCACAUGCGUCACACGUGUGUGUGAAGACCAUGUAAUACAAGAACCAUUGUACCUCUUAGUUUUACUUUGUACUUAUUGUGGGGCCUCAUGAAGAGAUCCAAAUAAAACCCUGGAACAACCAAAGGCAGAGCAAUCAAAGGCAACUACCCCUAUAUUCAGUAUUGUAAUUCAUCUUUGACCCCUAAUCCGCUGAAUGACCAGGAACUUUAAAUGGAUGGCCAACUCAGCUAAACAGGUAAACCUUAUGAGAGUGGUAUGUCUAGAGUGUUGUCCCUAUUUUGUUUUUCAACUGUCAUUCAUUUUCAGUUCAUUGCAGAUGAUGGCAGACUCGAUCAUUGAAUAGUUAGUUGCUUGGUUAGAAAAUGGAGUCUGUGCUAUAAACUCAAGUUCAUUGUUUUGCCAUUUGGGGAAAUUUAAGUCCCAUUUUAAAUUGGGAAGUAUGGAUAGAUGAACCUCAUGAUGAUCCACAGAUCAUGUGGGAGAGGAUGGUGGUGAGGACCUGGAAUUGCUAAUAUUAUUAAUAAAAAGAAAAAUUGCUGGAAGUAUGAAGCAGCUUUAAUGCUUACAGAAUACAGAAAAUCCAUAUUAAAAAUCUUUCAUUGGAAUCUUGGAGUCAUUUGGUGGAUUCUCUCCAAAAUAUUAACCUGCUUAUUUUCAGUAGUUUUAGUUUUAUUUUUAUUCCUCUGAAUUGAUUUGUUUUGAUCAAAAUUGGAUAUUAAGUACUAGCUCUGUCCACUUUAAGGUACUGUUGCCUAGAAAUGUAUCCCUGGUUGGGAUUACUAAAUUAGCUAUAUAGCUAUAUCUGAGUGUUGUACUCUGCUUCCAAAUUUAUUCCAUUAAUGUUGAUAUUGUGACUGGGUAUGAAUUUCUGGGAGUAUGUUCCCUUUUUAUUUCACCAGUGAUGUGAAUUUAUUGUACCAAAUUUUAUAUGGAGGUUUGCUUGGUACAAUGCAACUUCAUUUGCAUUUUGCUCUUAUAUGGAAGAAUUACUGUAUGAUGAAUUUCUAAUUUUACAAGUGGAAUAUUACACGGGCUUUAAACUUUUUUUCAUCUGAACGGUACAUUUUAUAAACACCUUUUUACUUAUGAACAUUACAUCUACUUGGUCAAUAAAAUUUUUACAGAAUAGUGUUUGGUUAUGCAGUAAUUUAUUUACCUCCACUCAUAGUUGUUUACAUUAUAGAUGCAUUAUUGCUGGAUGCAUUAUUGGAAUAGAACAGGAAACACAGGAACAAGUGCCUUUCGGCCCACAAUGUCUGUGCCAACCAUGAUGCAAAAUUAAACUAGUCCCAUCUGCUUGCACAUGAGUUGUAUCCCUCCAUUCCCUGCAUAUUUAUGUGCCUGUCUAAAAAAUGUCUCUUAAAUUCCACUAUCAUGUUUGCUUCCACCAUUGUCCUGGCAGGGUGUUCCAGACACCUACCAAUCUCUGUGUAAAAGAAAAAUACUGCACCUUUCCUUAAAACUUCCCCCUCUCAAAAGUAUGCCCUUUAGUAUUUCACAUUUCCACCUUAGGGAAAAAAACUCUUAUCUACCCUAUAUAUGUCUCUCAUAACUUUAUAAAUUUCUAUCAGGUCUCCCCUUAGCCUCCAACGCUCCAGAGAAAACAAUCCAAGUUUGUCCAACCUCUCCUUCCAGCUACAACUCUCUAAUCCAGACAGCAUCUUGGUGAAUCUCUUCACUGUGUCUAAAGCCUCAGCAUCCUUCCUGUAAUGGGGCAACCAGAACUGCACACAAUACUCUAAAUGCGGCCUAACCAAAGUUUUAUACAACUGCAACGUGACUUCCUGACUCCUGUACCCAAUGUCCUGACUGAUGAAGGCAAGCAUGUCAUAUUCCUUCUUUACAGUCCAAGAAAAUCUCACGUUCCAAUUCUAUACAGUAAUUUUGUCAUCCUCAAAAUAUGUAUGGACUUGUGUUUUUGUAAUCACAGGAAUGCCUGGCACCAGGCAACUAUUGCGAUUAGCCCCAAAGUACACUAAUUUCAUACCUUUGACUUGCUUUACCAAUAAUUUAUUGAAUUACAGAAAUUUAUAGCACGAGGAGGUCAUUUGGCCCAUUGUGUCCAUGCCAGUAUUCCUUUAUAAAAAUUGCCGAUUACCUCACUGCUGUCUUGGGCAGUCUUGUGUGUGAGGUAUUAAACGUGUUUAAUACAGUCUGUAUUUUCCUGUGAUUUUAUAGCUCCUGAAAUUAUUUUGUAUCUUUGAGAAAGACUCAAAGUCCUCAUGUCUUUGAGUCUUUCUCUACAAAAUAUGGUUUGUGUGCAUCAUGGCAAAGGCAUUAAAAAAAUACUUGUGCAACAGCAGUUUUUUUGUGCUGUGUGGAGUUAAGAAUGACAAAAAGCUGUGUUCUGCUGACAGGCAUAAUAGAAUCUAAUGACCCGAGUGACUAGCUGGACUCAUCUUCUCUUUUCAGAAUUGAGUAUCCUACUAAUUGCUGCUGUCUUGGCAACCCAGAGUAGUCUAAUGGAGAUUGUUGAAAUAAUUUGUAUGCUUCAGAUUCGUCCUCCUGUAUUAUUGUAAUAAAACAGGAAAUUGACAGAAAUAACCAGCACCUGAAAUAAGAAAAGACAGGCCAAUAUUUUCGAUAGAGAUUUGUUUCCUGAAACUGAUGUUCACUUAAUUUUUCUAGAUGGAAACAAAGCUAUGUUUUUCUGGGAUUCUCGAUGUUAAAAUAUACACUUACUUUAAACCAAAUCUUUUCACCUUCUCAAUUUGAAAUAAACAUACCACAAAAUCUGGGUCCCAGUGUUCCUUAGAAAUAAUAGUAUCCAAUGAAUCAAAGUUUGCUGCACAGUGGGAGGCCAUUCAUGUCAUCAUGCAACUAUUGAUGCAAACGCUUCACUGCAAGCAAUAUACUCCCAAUCUCCCAACAUACUGUGACUGGGAAGAGAUCAUACUUGAACAUACUGAGUCAUACAGAACAAACAGGCCCUUCAGCCCAACUGGCCUAUGCCCAACCAGGAUGCCCAUCUAAGCUAGCCCCAUUAGCUCACAUUUGGUCCAUAUCCCUCUAAACCUUUCCUCUCCAUGUACCAGUCCCAAGCGCCUUUUAAAUGUUGUCAAUGUACCUGCCUCAACCACUUCCUCUGGCAACUCAUUCCGUGGUGUAGGGGUAGACAUGGUAGUGUAGCCGUUAACAUAACACUUUAUAGAGCCAGUCACCCGGGUUCAAUUCUGGUCACAGUCUGUAAGGAGUUUGUACGUUCUCCGUAUCUGCAUGGGUUUCCUCCGGGUGCUCCGGUUUCCUCCCACGUUCCAAAGAUGUACGAGUUAGGCGUGCUAUGUUGGCACUGGAAGCAUGGCACUUGCGGGCUGCCCCCAGAACAUUCUACGCAAAAGAUGCAUUUCACUGUGUGUUUCAAUGUACAUGUGACUAAUAAAGAUAUCUUAUUUAAUGACCCUCAGGUUCCUAUCAAAUCUCUACCCUCCUACCUUAAGCCUAUACCCUCUAGAUUUUGGUUCCCUCACCUUGGGAAAAAGGGUACAUUCAUCCUAUCCAUGCCCCUCAUGUCUUUAUACACCUCUAUAAGAUCACCCCUCAUUCUCUUACAUUCCAAUGAAUAAAGUCCUAUUUUGCAUUCAAAAAAAAUUCGAAUACAAUAGAAAUAGAGAUGGAGAUAAAAAGGAAUGCUGUUGAUACUGGAAAUCUUACAUUAAGUACAUGUGCAUGAAAUAGCUACAAGUACAUGAAAAGCUUUUCUAUAUCAACCACAUUCUUUAGUGGAUAGCUAAAACUAAAACCUACUCUGCAAUUUCAUGCACCAGCUACUAAAGUGCCCAACAAAAGCUGAAUAAGUAUCCUAAUUAAAAAGAAAAAUGCAGACCAUGAAAAGUCCUUAGUGAUUGUAGGAAGUAUGAAUGGUAAGUUUGCAUUUGACAUGAAAGUUGGUGCUGUGGAUAGCAAGGAAGGUUUUUUAUGGUAACAGCAGGAUAUAGAUGGAAAGUUGGAUAGAGUGUUGGCAGAUGGAAUUUAAUCCCAAUAAUGGCAAGGUUAGGCAUUUUGGGAAGUAAAAUAGGGAUGGGACAGAGACAGUUAAUGGUAAGGCACUAAGGAAUGUUGAUAAACAGAGAGACCUCGAGGUUCAAGUCCAUAGUUCUCUGAAAGUGGCAACACAGGUAAAUAAGGUGUUUGUUUUCCCCGAAGUGAAGGAGGCUGAGGGGUGGCCUGAUGGAGGUAUAUAAAAUUAUAAGUCAUAGAUGGGGUAGAUAGUCAAAAUCUUUUUUUUUACAAAGGUAGGGGUAUCAAAAACAAGAGGGCAUAGGUUUAAUAUGAGAGGGAGAGAUGUAAAGGUUUUUUAAUGUACAGAAAGUGGUUGAUACCUGGAACACACUGCCAGCAGAGGUGGUGGAGUCAGAUGCAAUCACCAGUUUAACAGUUGUUCAGACAGGCACUUAAAAAAGCAAGGCGUAGAAGGAAAUUAAUGUGGGCAAAUAGGAUUAGUGUAGGUGGGCAAAAAAGGCCUGUAUCUGUACUGUGUAAUUAUGCGACUGAUUUUAUGGUCCAUGUAGAUUAUUCUUUACCAUAUUAUUUUAUUUACUUAUAGAAAUAUAUAUUCUGAGGGACUCUGGAAUAUCAAAUAUAAAGAGCAUGAUUAAGCUGCUGUUCCAUUAUGCCACUGGUUGUUCAUCAAUCCUUUCUAAAGUGAGCACCAAGUAUGCAAACAUAAUGUUAAGUGAACAGAGCUUAAUGUAAACAUCAGAAGGAAUGAUUGCAAUGAAACUCCUCCAGAACACCUAAAUAAUUUCAGAAUGCUCUCUCUGAAGAGGUGUAAUCAUAAAACAUGUCAUGGAAAAGUUUCAAGAUGUAAUAGGGGAGGGAAGGGUGUGUUUGCUUUGUCCUGUGACGGCUGUGCAUUCUGUGCAGAUAACCCUGUAUACAUUGCAUUAGUUUCAGGAGACUGUUCAAGUGUACUCGACUGCCGAUUUUCCUGUCUUCCACUAUCGGACUACUGCCAAAUUGGGAGGACUUGCAAUUACCCAAAUUAUUCCUUGAAGGAACAUUACAGCCAAUAAAAUAAUUCUCAGGAGAGCCUACUAAAAGGAUAGUUAUGAUUAAACUACUAUUCCAGUGAAGCACACAGCAUAUAUACCAAGUAGAUAUUUCUGGAAAAUUAUUACAGUAGUAAUAGUUUUCCUUUGUUUUAGAUCCCCACUUAUAUAAUCCCAAUAGGGGGCUGUCCAUGGACCCUUCUACAGCUCAAUUAGUGUGUGGCAGCUGUGUC